GAACUAUUUUUUUCCACAUGUCUCCUUCCUCUCUCCUUCAUUUGUCACUAUUUUCUUUUGCUUUUUCUCUAUGUACCUUCAUAUUUAUUCCCUUUUGUUGUCUAUAUAAUUUCAACCAGGAACAAUAUAUAUUUCUUCAAGCUCAAUAUUUUCUCCUCACUCUUCCCUUAAUAUCCCUUUCAUUUAUGAUUUCAAUUUGAACAAGAAUCCGACCAUUAUACUAAGCAACUGAGGCAAGUGUAGUAGAAGAAAAAUUAAAAUAUUCUUUACGUAUUCCCAGAUAAUACAAUUAAAAAGGUAUGGACACAACAAUCAUUGAAGGAAGAUCCAUUUCAAAGCCACCAUAUUGGGAUGGUAAAACAAAUUUUGAUGAAUGGAAGGAACGUAUGAAGAUAUUCAUGAAAUCCGUUGACUUCAAAAUUUGGCUUGUGACUAAGAAUGGAUCAAAAAUUCCAACAAAAAUAAUAAAUGGUGUAGAGUUGGAGAAAUCUGAAGAUGAAUUCAAUGAAGAAGAUACGAAGAUCAUGGUACUAGAAGCAAAAGCUCAAAAUAUUUUAUGUUGUGCCUUAAAUCCAGAUGCUCUUAAAAGAAUUUCAAGUUGCCAGACGGCCAAAGAAAUGUGGGAGAAGCUAUGUAUCGACUUUGACAGUGUAGUGAGAACAUCGGAUAUCAAUUCUACACCUCAAGCAUCACGAGGACAGACGUCCAACUACAGAUGCCCUACCACUGACUUUUUAGAGGAAACAGGUGAUGAUCCAAAUAAAAGGUUUCUCAAACUUUGUGUUCCCCUCCACAAGCUAGCUCUAAAAGGAAAUUGGCCAGGAGCAAAACUCAUCUUAGACAAAGAAGAAAGACUAAAACAUGCAGCCAUAGCAAGAGGGUGGCCUACAGUGUUACAUAUAGCAGCAGGUGCAAAUCACAUUCACUUUGUGAAGGAGCUAUUUAAAAUACUUGAUGACAAUGAAAUUGAAUUGCAAGAUAUCAAGGGCAACACUGCUUUCUGUUUUGCUGCUGCAGCUGGAAACAUGGAAAUUGUUGACUUAAUGUGGAAAAGAAUCGAACAUUUACAUACAAAAAGAGGUGGAAAUGGAUAUACUCCUAUUCAGUUUGCUGCAUUGCAAGGUAGAUCCAAAAUGACUUGGCAUCUAUAUGACGACACCGAACAUUGUUUUACAGAUGAAGACCGGAAUUUAUUAUUCUUUGCUUGUAUCAGAACUGGCAUCUAUGACUUAGCCUUGAAAAUGGUAGGGGACAAUAAUGUACUAGCGUUUGCACGCGAUGAGAAUGAAGAGACAGCUUUGCAUGUAUUGGCUCAAAAUCAAACUCCUUUAGAUUCUGGUUGUCAGUGUCCAGACCUUGAUCAUAAUCACAUCAUGAUCAAUCCUGGAAUGAAAAAUCACAUGGCUUUUCAAUUGGUUAAAUUUCUUUGGACCACAAUUUUUAAGAAAUAUUAUGGAAAAAAUGAGUUAAAUGAAAUAAAAAAUCAUCCUUCUCAACUAAUAUUUGAUGCUGCAAAAGUUGGAAAUUUUGGAUUUUUAUCAGAGCUUAUUAGUGUUGAUCCUAGCUUGAUAUGGGAUAUCGAUAGCAAAAAUCGAACUAUAUUACACAUAGCUGUUUUGCAUCGGCAUGCUAGUAUCUUCAAUCUCGUACAUCAAAUAGGGAAUAUACAAGAUAUCUUGGUGACAUAUGAAGAUGAUGAAAAAAACACUAUAUUGCACAUGGUUGCAAAUUUAGCACCACGGAGUCAACUUGAUUUGGUUUCUGGAGCAGCUUUUCAAAUGUCUGUUGAGUUAUUAUGGUUUGAGAAAGUAAAGAAGAUAAUGAUGCCAGCACAAAUAAAGAUGAGAAACUCAAAGGGCUUGACUGCACAAGAACUAUUCUCAAAUGAGCACGAAAAACUAAGGGAAAAUGCAGAAUCAUGGAUGAAAAAAACUGCCGAGUCUUGUAUGCUAAUUUCAACCGUCAUAGCUACAGGAGUGUUUGCUGCUGCAGCUAGCUUACCCGGAGGUACCAACGAUGACACCGGAAAACCAAACUACUUGAACAAAACAUCAUUCCUGGUGUUUGCAAUAUCAGAUGCACUUGCCUUCAUCUCAUCUUCAACCGCAAUAUUGAUUUUCUUCGCUAUACUUGUCUCGCGUUAUGGAGAGUAUGACUUUUAUAAAUCACUACCUUUAAAGCUAAUAUUUGGAUUGAUCACACUAUUCAUCUCCAUAACAAGCAUGAUGGUAGCAUUUAGUAGUUCCUUCUUCAUAAUAUACUAUCAUGGUUCGAAGUGGGUUCCUAUUUGCAUUUCAAUACUUUGCUUCCUCCCAAUACUUUUGUACAUAGGUUUGCAAUUUUCAUUAUUUUCAGAUAUCAUUUCCUCCUCAGCCUUCUACUGGAGGACUCUAUCUAAGCCUGGUAAAAAUAUGAUUUAUGUAGUAGAGGAAGAGUAGAGAAUUGUUAUUGUAAUAUAUAUAUAGAAUCAUAUUCUAGAAGGUAUUGAUGUUAAUUAGAUAAUAUUAUGGAAUAAUAUAGCUUUUAUUUAUAA